CAUCCUCUGACGAUCACUUCUCCGGUCUCUACAUCUUGUUGAACGUCGCAGGCUGAGACAGGCAGUCAGGCACUGUGCUCCAGUUUCAAACGCGGUCACACGUAUGGACCGGCGCCCGUAGCUACCUUCCGGACUCCUCCGUGCUCCUUCUCGCCACCGACGAGCCGGUUUCGGCAUCUUCCUGUGGGGACUGCCUCUUUCUCUCUCUCCAGACUGCGUAAGGCCUCUCUGGUUGAAGAGGAGAAAAGUGGGGCUUGGUGUGGCGAAGGCGGUGGCGACUAAGUGUCCUCGAUGGCAGGCUGGAAGGACGGCUCGGUGCAGGAGAAGUACCGGCUGGUCGUGGUCGGAGGCGGCGGGGUGGGCAAGUCGGCCCUGACGAUCCAGUUUAUUCAGUCCUACUUUGUCACAGACUAUGACCCGACAAUUGAGGACUCUUAUACCAAGCAAUGUGUGAUUGACGAAAGGGCAGCCAGGCUGGACAUUCUAGACACGGCUGGGCAGGAAGAGUUUGGAGCCAUGAGAGAACAAUACAUGAGGACAGGGGAGGGCUUCCUGCUCGUCUUCUCAGUCACGGACAGAGGAAGCUUCGAAGAAAUCUACAAAUUUCAAAGACAAAUUCUACGAGUGAAAGACAGGGAUGAAUUCCCGAUGAUCCUCGUAGGGAACAAAGCCGAUCUGGAGCUACAGAGACAAGUAACUCAAGAGGAGGGCCAGCAGCUGGCCAGACAGUUGAAGGUCACCUACAUGGAGGCUUCAGCCAAAAUCCGUAUGAAUGUCGACCAGGCUUUUCACGAGCUGGUUCGAGUAAUUAGGAAGUUCCAAGAACAGGAAUGUCCACCGUCGCCAGAACCGACAAGAAAAGAGAAAGACAAGAGCGGCUGCCAUUGUGUGAUCGUCUGAGUUGGCCUUAUCACUGUAACUCAUGCAGCUACUCUCUGUUGCCCCGCCCACUUGCCUGACAUCACAUCCCAGCGUGGAUGACUGACCGCUGCCUUCUCCACCACGUGCAUGUCUCCAGACAGCUCCCCUCAAGACCUUCCCAUCUCUGGGAUACUUGGACUUGGGGUCUCUGUGCCCAGGACUUGACUAUGGACGAGUGACAAUGCCAAAAUUGAAACAAAACACCACUCUACCUUCAGCCAUAACCCGAUUUACAUGACUAAACAUUGCCUUCUAAAUCAGCCUGACCAAUUCAUGUUUUGUACUCGGAAGGACUUCUCUUGCCUUGUAGUGAUUUGUACUUGCUGCCGAGAUUGAAUGAAACAAAGUAAAAGAUAUAUGUGUGCCUAUAUAUAUAUAUAUAUAGAUAGAUAUAGAUAUCUAUUUGUCUAUCUCUAUAUCUAUAUAUAGAUAUAGAUCUCCCGAAUGUUACCAAGUUCCUUUCAAGUGUCUGACAGAGCAGAGAGAUUAUUUUAUGAAGCUUUGUGUUAUGUUGUGCCAUCUUUUCUCCCAUGUGCUAAUCUGCUACUGUACAUAUGUGAGAUUUGUCGUGAUUUUUAAAGUGUAUUUCUAAUGAUUAUUAAAUCACCACAGUAGAGUGUGUGAGGUUGGUUUUGCAGAUAUGAAAGUGACUAUAUGAUGUACAUAAAUGAUGCCUAGACAAGACCUUAAAGCUACAGUGAUAUAACUUCUAGAUUUUUUUUGUGGCUUCUGCUUCCAUCUCGAUUGCCAAACAUAGAAUGUCUGAAGUGUGCUGUCUUACUCUGAUUAUUAUUUUCAAGUCUUAUAGAUUGAUGGAUCCUCCCAUCCCUUUCUUUCAAGGUGGUGGUUCAGUGGGUUGAAAUGAGAUCUCACAUGUUCUUGACAUCAGAAAUCACACACGAGAACAUAUCAAAACAUAAAUAAAGUCUACAUUUAGACGAGGUUACAUGAACAUACUUUUUAAAGUCCCUGUGAAGUGAAAAUAAAUAAAUCAAGUAUAUAAAACGA